AUGGAAAAAAGAAAAACAAGGUCAGUUUUAAAAGAGGCAUUAAAGUUGGUAUUCCUAGGCUUUUGUGUAUACGCAACGACAGACUUCUCUCUCCCACCAGAGAUCGUAGAAAUGAGCAAUGCUACUUCUGGAGGAAAGUUCGUGUAUCUUACUAUUAUAACUCUAUAUUUAACCAUAAUCUCAACAGUCCUUGGAUAUAUUAGCAAAACCAGAGUUGGAAAAAGGCUGGAGGAAAUCUACAAGGACAUGCUAGCUGUGACCUUUUCCUUGGAAGGUAUCGUGACAACGUUGUUUUGGUCCCUGUAUUUUAUUAAUCCAACCCUUCUAAAGAAUAAGAGCCUUUAUAAGCGGGGAAUCCGUGAGAGUUUCCUAACAGAGCUUUCAGCCCACCUAUUCCCAAUCAUUCUCCUGUUAAUAUGUCAAGCAGAUGUAAGGCUACAGAAGAGAAAAAGAUGCAUCUACUUUAUAUUUGGAUUUGGUGCUCUAUACUUUCUCGAGAUAUGCUAUUUCUCCUUUGUGAAUAAUGGGAAGUGGGCGUAUCCUAUAUUCAGAAAAAUGGGUUGGGUACAAAGAAUACUCUUUGUCUUGAUAGCAUGUUUCAUAGGCACUUUAUUUUACAUGGGCCUUCUUGCAACUAAUAGCUUAAUCUAUCAGGAGUAUGAGCAACCGAAUGAAAAUGAUUAA